GACCCGCCAUGUCUCUGCUGGCUACUGUACUGCUGCUCUGGGGUUUCAGUCUGGGCCCAGGAAAUGCUCUAAUGCUUGAUUCUGGCAGUGAACCUGAACUAUGGGCAGAGCCUCAGUCCCUGCUGGAACCCUGGGCAAACCUGACGCUGGUCUGUGCAGUUGAUUUGCCUACUAAGGUCUUCGAGCUGAUCCAGAAUGGGUGGUUCCUGAGUCAAGUCCGACUUGAGACACAGAUGCUGUCAUACCGCUUUUCCCUGGGGGCCAUUACAGGUAACAACAGUGGCAUCUACCGCUGCCGAUGUGGCGUGGAACCCCCUGUUGACAGUCAACUGCCAGCGCUGAGCAAGUGGACAAUGCUAAGCAAUGCUGUGGAGGUGACAGGGAAAGAGCCCUUGCCUCCGCCCUCAGCUCAUGCCGAUCCAGUCUCCUGGAUCACACCUGGUGGCCUGCCUGUCUAUGUGAUGUGCCGGGUUGCAAUGCGGGGUGUAACGUACCUGCUGAGGCAGGAAGGAGUGGAUGGGUUCCAGAAACCUGACGUCCAGCACAAGGGAACAGCUGGCUUUCUGAUCUACAAGCCUGGCAACUACAGCUGCAGCUACCUAACCCACGCAGCAGGUGAACCCUCUGAGCCCAGUGCUAUCGUGACCGUCAAGAUGCGUGCCACACAGGCUCCACCCAUUCUGUGUUUAAUGGGAAAUUACCUAAUGAUCUACCCCGAGAAGACACAUGAGACCCUUGCCUGCAAAGCUCCUCGGAACGCAGCUGAAUUCCAACUCAGGCAAGGGGGGAAGGUGCUGAAUAUUCAUGGGUUCAGUCUCACCAGAGAUGCUACCGUGUAUUAUGUGAACUUGAAGAGACUGGAUAACCAAGCUCCUUUUACCUGCCGCUACCGUAUGCAUAAAUACAUGCACGUUUGGUCGGAGGACAGCAAGCCCAUAGAGCUAAUGUGGAGUGAUGGGACGCUACCAGCUCCGGUACUUACUGCAGAGCCAUCGCGUCGGAACCUUCAGCCUGGUUCAGUGGUGCAGCUUCGAUGUACUGCACCCAAGACUGGACUGCGCUUUGGCCUGCAACGCCAGGGCAAACCGGAUUUAGUUGUGGUGCAAAUGCUGGAUUCGUCUGGGACCGAAGCUGUCUUCGAGCUGCGCAAUAUCUCAACAAUAGACUCUGGCAACUAUAGUUGUAUCUACAUGGAACAGGCACCGCCCUUCUCGGGAUCUGCUUCCAGUGAGCCCUUAGAGCUGCAGGUGAACGGGCCACCACCUAAGCCAAGGCUGGAAGCUCUAUGGAAAGGCACUGUGCGUCUGGGCCAUGAGGCCGUCUUUCAGUGCCAUUGCCAGGUGCCCGGAGUCAUCGUGGAGCUGGUACGUGAGGGCUUUAAAACAUCCUUCUGGACGGCCUCAACAAGAAGCACUUCAGCUUCUCUGAAGCUGCCCUUCGUCGGACCCCAACAUGUAGGCAAUUACAGCUGCCGCUGUACUGCCCAGUCGCCCUUCACAUUUCAAUCAGGGAUCAGCGAUCCUGUGGAGCUUAUGGUAGCUUAGGCUCUCCUGAGCUGUGUUUAGGUUUUGGUUCUUCAUAUUUCCAGAGCUGUACACUGGCUAAUUGCUUCACCAAGGCCUGUGUGGAAAGGCCCUGUGGUAAUUUGCUGAGUCAAUGAAUCCACUUCUUUGUCUAGGUAGCUAAAGUAGCUGCAGACACAGGAAAGUGUCCUUGGAAAGGGUUGAAGACAGGUAUAAUACCCAUUCUUCUUAAUGUAAGAUGACUUCAUUUUCUCUGGACUUAAUAAAGGUCAAGGAAAAAUUUGUUAAAGCAUGCCUUUCAUUUGUGGGUAUAAGGCAUCUGCAGAUGCGGGAGGAUGUUAUUCCAGG